GAAAAGUGUGUACACGCGCCACACUUCUCAGCCUCGCACACACAGAGGACUUGUAAGUACACGAGAGUCAAAGUGGAAUCGGAUAAAAAAUGGCGAAGGAAGAGAGCCACGGCGUCGUUUCCGAUCUGAUCGACUUCUUGAACGCUUCUCCAACUGCUUUCCAUGCCGUCGGCGAGGCGAAGAAGCGGUUGCGAAGCGCGGGGUUCGAGCAGCUUUCGGAGAGGGAAGUAUGGGAAUUGAAAGCCGGUAACAAGUACUUUUUCACCAGGAACCACUCUACCAUUGUCGCCUUCGCCGUCGGUAAACGAUUCGUUGCUGGAAAUGGAUUCCACGUAAUUGGAGCUCAUACUGAUAGUCCUUGUCUGAAACUGAAACCGGUGACCAAGGUGGUUAAAGGUGGAAUUUUGGAAGUUGGUGUCCAAACCUAUGGAGGUGGUUUGUGGCAUACAUGGUUCGAUAGGGAUUUGACUGUGGCUGGGAGGGUCCUUGUACGAGAAGAAAAUGCAGGUUCUGAUUCGUACUCGCAUAGGCUUGUUAGAAUUGAGGAACCAAUUAUGCGGAUCCCAACUUUGGCUAUUCAUUUGGACAGGGAUGUUAAAGAUGGAUUCAAAAUAAACACGCAGACUCAUCUUCUUCCCAUCUUGGCUACUUCGCUAAAGGCGGAGCUCAAUAAAGUGUCCUCUGAAGAUGGUUCAGUUGAUAGUGGAAAGCAGAGUGAUGGAAAGAUAGAAAAUGAUAAAACUGGCACUAGCAAUACAAAGCACCACCUUCUUCUUCUACAGUUGCUUGCAAGUAAGCUUGGGUGUGAACCAGAUGACAUUUGUGAUUUUGAAUUGCAAGCUUGUGAUACACAACCAAGUAUAGUUGCCGGAGCUAAAAAGGAAUUCAUAUUUUCAGGACGGCUUGAUAACCUCUGCAUGUCAUUUUGCUCAUUGAAGGCAUUAAUAGAUGCUACAUCCUCUGACACCAGUCUGGAGGAAGAGACUGGCAUUAGAAUGGUGGCUUUGUUUGACCACGAGGAAUGUGGAUCUGAUUCUGCCCAAGGAGCUGGCUCUCCUGUGGUGCAUGAUGCUUUCUCUAGGAUCACAAAUUCUUUCAGCUCAAAUUCAAAGCUUCUUGAGAAAGCAAUACAAAGAAGCUUCCUUGUAUCUGCUGAUAUGGCACAUGCACUACACCCAAACUACACGGACAAGCAUGAAGAAAACCAUCAGCCUAAACUACAUGGAGGACUUGUCAUUAAACAGAACGCAAAUCAACACUAUGCAACCAAUGCUGUCACAUCCUUCAUAUUCAGGGAGAUAGCAUCAAAACAUAACCUUCCUGUUCAGGACUUCGUGGUGCGCAAUGACAUGUCUUGUGGUUCAACUAUCGGUCCAAUCCUUGCAAGUGGCGUAGGUAUUCGCACUGUUGAUGUAGGUGCACCGCAGUUGUCAAUGCAUAGCAUAAGAGAAAUGUGUGCUGUUGAUGAUGUGAAGUAUUCAUAUGAGCAUUUCAAGGUCUUUUUUCAAGAUUUCUCCCAUUUGGAUGCUAAGAUUGUCGUUGACAUAUAGGUUCAUCUCGACUGAGGAAUUGCUCGUCGAUCCUUUGCUCUAGAUGUUGUUGCUGAAGUGGUCGUCAUGUGUAAUUUAGUAACAUUUUUUUAACGCUGACUUUAUAAUUAUGAAGUCUUCAAUAAUUUUGACUCGAUGAAACCAAUAUUAGCAUCUGUUUUAUGUGUGCUUUCUGCACUUUUCAUGAACAGUCCACAUUCGUGCUUCUAAUGGGGUACUAUU